AUGGAGAAAGAGUGCUACUCUGCACUGUUCACUCUACAGAGGAUUGCAGUAUCUGGGGCUUGCUCAGAGCUGAGAGUCCCCACAUCAGAGCUAUCUCCUGAGCAUCCCCCAAUUGGGCCUCCAACUCCAAGUAAGUCUCCCAGGCCUCCAUCUGUGGAGAGCUGUCCUUCCUCUUGUGUGGUGUCAAGUUCCCCAGCCACUGAGCCUGAGGCUCUGUUGGAGGAUGUGUUGAGACCUUUGGACCAGGCACUGAAGGACUGUUGUGGCCACACAAGGCAGCAGCUAUGUGAUGACAUCAGCCGACAUCUGGCACUGCGGCGGGAACAGUGGGCUGGAGGGAAGCUCUCAGUGCCUGUAAACAAGAGGAUGGUUCUGCUGGCGCAAGAGCUUUCAAGCCUCCAGUGGGAUGCAGCAGAUGACAUCCGCCGCUCACUUGUGGUUGACCAUGUGACUGAAGUCAGUCAGUGGAUGGUGGGAGUUAAAAGAUUAAUUGCAGAAAAAAAAAAAAGCCUACCUUCAGAGGAGGCAGCCAAUGAAGAAAAAUCGGCAGCUGCAGCUGAGAAUGAGACCAUGUCAGGCCUUCAACAAGCUCCAUAAUCCUGUUGGUUCCCUGAACUCACUUCACAUCAUCACCUAUGCCUUGGUGUGGGAGGACUUCUCUCACUUGGCUCCUUCUUACCACCAGGGAGACCAUCCCAUGGGCCUGACCCACUUGUAUGGGAAAGGGGUUCCACCUGGUUAC